UUUACUUUCUGCGCAUGUGCCAACAACUACAACUGUCAACCGUUGUUUCACGACAUUCAGGUCUGUCGGUGAUGAGGAGUACACCAACUUGAGACGGGAUGAUAGUUUUUACAAGUUAUCACAGUAUCAUGCAAGAAAAUUAUUUGCUGGAAAUAUAAAUCUUGAUGGAUAUUAUCAGACAAAAGAAAUGAUGGAUGAUGAAAGUCAGCAAGAAGUGCAGAAUCUCCCACCCGGAAGGUUUAAUGACAUUAGACUGAAGUUUGAACAAGCUAAACUCACUUCACAGGUGGAAAAUGACAAUAGUUCAAAUGACAGUGUCUUUCACAAUACUGCCCCUAUUCCUAAACCAGCACCAAGAUCAUCAGCAGUGCUCCCACCAAAACCUACAGUUAAGGUUAAAAAAGUUGAUCUUGAAGAAAAGCCUACUCCUCCUGUUGUCAUUCCACGUGUCAAGCGAGAUUCACUUAUAAAGAAUGAAAGCAAUGAGGUAGCACAAACGGAAAUUACUAACCCAGAGAGUAAUAUCAGUAAUUGUCAACUUCGACCCUUUGUACCAAAUCACAAGAGAGGAUUCUCUGAUUGUAUUACCAGUCAACAUAGUAACUCAUUUGAAAAAGAGAGAAAAUCUGAAGGUUCUGCAAGUUUUGGAUGUGAGGACAUAAAUCGUUCUAAUGAAGUUUUGAACAAAUCUAAAAGUUUCCAAACACCUAAAAAACCUGAAAUUGCAGCUAGGCCUACCACUGCUAUAUACAAUCGAGACUAUCUUCAACAUAAAAAAGUGUCUAGGCACUCAUCAGUAAGAGAUUCCAAUAGAAAAGAUACUACAGUAAGCACCUCACCAUUAUGCAAUGAUGCCAAAUCUCAGGUUGACAUGAUGGAUAAAGAAAAUACAGAAAGCAAAAUUCCUAAAAUUCCGCCAAAACCAUCUAAUCUUCCAACUGGUACACCACCUAAAAAACCACCUCGGACUUAUAAACAUGAUUUUUUAAAAAAUAAAGAGACUGUUUUUAAAGAAAAUGAGAUAUAUGAGAUGACAACUCCUAAUAAAAUAUCUAAACCAAAAACUGAAAAUGCUCACAAAAGGCCACCCCGUCCACCCCCACCCCGGCCACCUGCCCCUAAAUCUCCGUUAUCAGAUAAAGAAAAAGAUAAGGGAUUGAGGAAUUCUUUAAAAACUGUCAACGGUAACGCAAAGCCCUCAGUUGUUACAAAUUCUGUGAUAUCAGAUGUAAACAAUUCAAAAUCUAAUUUUAGCCUGAGGAGAUGUUUAAGUGUGGAAAGUAUACAUCCUGAUAAUAAGUCUAAUUGUAAUAAUGCAAUCUAUUUAGAAACAUCGAAGUUUGGCAGAUCUCGUGAUGAUUUAGAUGCACUGAACAAUAUAGAGGUGUAUGUAGAUGAACAAGGUUAUGCCGUUCCUUACAAAUUUUAUAUCAAAGAUGCACCAAACACAACUAAUAGCAAAGAUUCUUCAAAACAGUUUGAUUUUGCUGAAAAAAUCCAACAUCUUAGGCGCCGUUUUGGAGACCCCACUUUAAAAAUUGCAAACACUCCACCGAAAAAUCUAAGUGGUUCCGAUCACAAGUUAAAUCGUGGGAAAGUUAAUUUGGUGAGGCAUAAAAUAAACCAGUCUUAUGCUGUUAUGCACAGAAACGUGAAACAACCAACUGAAACUUCUCAGUCUGAAAGACCUUUAUCCGAAAAUGAUUCAGAUGCUGACAGUUUGGUUGAUGAAUCAGAAAUAAAGAAGAGAGUAGAAUAUUGUAGCACUAUCAAAUCUAAAACGAGUGAAAAAGUCAAAAAGUCUUUACGAGUCCUUGACAAAAUCUAUCCUCAGUUAUUUGAGUAUGUUAUUUGUGUUGGUCUCCGACUGAAUACAGAAAAAUUGAACUAUGAACCAUAUGUCAUCUAUAAGUUUCCUGAAAUACGGAACUACAAACUAGACACAGCUGGCCAUUUAAUGCUUUGUUCAGCAGUGGUUGACAGCAAUUUAUCUAUACCUCACUUUUGUUUUCCUGAUGCUGAAAUUUAUCAGUCACAAGAAGAAACGAGCACCAAUCCCUACUGGUUUGUUCUUACUAACUUUGAUGGCGCUAGGGUUUUUGGUUAUUGCAGAAGAGUGUGGCCUUAUGGUCCAAAACUGACGCCAGAAGUCAUAUGCAUUAUCACCCCCAUUGAAGCUGUCAAUAUGUACAACAGUUUGUUGUUGGAGAUGGAAUCUCGAAGAUUAAGAUCACCUGAAAACAUGCAAGAACUUAUGGCUUCUUCAUUUGGUAGACCUCUGCCAAGUCCAGGAAAAGUUGUCACAAUAAGGGCUAUGAAUGAGGAUGGCGACGUAGAUGUUAUAGAACUACGGAGGCCAAGGGAUACUCAUCUUGAAGGGUUGAAUUUGGAGUCUCUGUUGACAUUGUUAGGAAUAGAAAAACUUAUAUGGAUAUUUUCUACACUAUUGGUUGAAAGAAAUAUUAUUUUAUGCUCCAAGAAUCUCAGUACAUUAUCUCGAACAAUUCAUGCUUUGAUUACAUUGCUUUAUCCAUUCCAAUGGCAGCACACCUAUGUUCCUAUUUUACCCUCCAACAUGCUGGAAAUAGUUUGUUCUCCAACUCCUUAUGUUAUUGGCAUUUUAUCAUCGUACUUACCGAAACUAAAAGAUAUGUCAAUGGAUGAAGUUGUUAUUCUUGAUUUGGAUAGGAAACAUUUUGUAAGUAAUAUUGGUGAUGAAUCCAGCAUUUUACCCAAGAAAAUCCAAAAAGCCUUGAGAUCUGCACUAGAUUCUGCCCGUAAUGAUAUUGAUACUGAUGGGUCAAAGAACCUUAUGAUUUCUGAAGCUUUUCUUCGUUUAUUUGUUGAAAUGGUUGGUCAUACUGAAUCUUACAUUCUCACCCAACAAAAUGGAGAAAAAGUUUUUCAGAAAGAACUAUUUAUUCGGAGUGUGAAUUCAAAAAGCAUCCGUAAAUUCCUAGAAUGGUUCACGGAAACACAGAUGUUUGAUGUGUUCAAACACUCCCUCUUAGAGAGAUCUAGUUCAUUAGAAUUGUUUUUAACACGGGUCUAUGAACACUCCAAUGAUAGUUCAACUGCUGGUAUGAAAAGUAAUGUGAAGGAUUUAGGGAAGAAAAUGAAGAAUUUUGGGAAAGCCUUAAAAACAAAGUUCUAUACAUGAUAUUUCUUCAUAAAUGUCUUAAUCUGUUAUUCCUGAAUCCUGAAUCUCUAUGUUAUUACAAUACCAUAAUAAUUGGUCUGUAGUUCGGCAGCUUAUCAUGAACCUUUGUUCAUUUGAUAUCUAAUCUGAAGUAUGAUACUG